AGAAGCUGAGAGCGAUCAUGUAAUUCAUACACACACACGAGAUACCCUGCUAGCACCUGCCUAAGAAACCAGGUUCACACACCUCAGCUCACCCGUUUUCUCCCUUCUCCCACCCCUCAUAAGCCAGGAUAAGCCCAGCCUAGGCUCCCAAGCCUUGAGCCGGAUAAAAUGGGAAGGCGGGAGAUCACGGCCCACGAUUGUGGGAAGGCGACUCAGAAGAGCCCUGCGAGAGGGGAGAAGAUCCGCUGACUUAACCAGCACCAGGAUCAGGGAAAGCCACCGGGAUGCUCUACACGCCCUUCAGUGCCAGAACGCACAAACAUCGGGGAGAACCAGGUGUUUGGUCCAUUCCGUUGCCUAGGCAAAGGCGGCAGCGGUAGCGGCAGCCUCUCUGCGGUGGAGCAGCGAAAGCUCUUGCGCUGCCGCACCAGCCACGGAAAAAGGCCGGGCAGGGCAGUGGCAACACCUUACCGUGCGAGGAGAAGAAGGCGCGAGCGGGGCAAUGGCUGGCGGCUGCGAAGCUGCUUUCCUUCCUUUGCUGGCCCGCGCGGUGCGUCGAAGCGCCGUUCCUGCUGUGAGAGGCACAAACUUCUCCCCGGCUCCGGCUCGCUCCCGCGGACUUGUUGUCGUCCGUGUGGGAAAGGCGGGCGAGCGGGCGCGAGCCUGAAGGGGACGCGCAGCGACUCCGAGACCUGCCCGGCGGAAGUGAAUGCGCAGCUCGUUCAACUCGGCGGCGGCUGCAAGCGGCGCGUGGGGAGCCGUGCGUGCGUCCUGGCAGGCGGCCGGCGGUCCUCGGGGGCUGAGGCGGAUCUCUGCAUUUGCUUCCCUUCAUGCUGUCCUCGGGCCUCUCUGCGGGCCGAAGCUUGAGCAGAGCUGGUUGCCCAAGAAUUUUACUCAGAAUGACAUUGGGAACAGAGAUUACUUCACUUGUCAAGGCCUCUACCUAUAGUGCAGCAGACCAAAACUUCUUGAAAUGGGAUUUGCCGCCGGAGCAGAUUAGAGCAAGGACAGAAGAGCUUAUCAAGAAAACAAAGCAUGUCUAUGACAGCGUUGGGAUGCUUGAUAUGGAAAAGCUCACUUAUAAGAACACUGUGCAGGCUUUAGCAGAUAUAGAAGUGGAGUAUUCAGUGGAAAGAAGCAUGUUGGAUUUCCCACAGCAUGUCUCACCUGAUAAAGAUGUACGUGCAGCAAGCACAGAAGCUGAUAAAACGCUUUCUCAUUUUGAUGUUGAGAUGAGCAUGAGAAAGGAUGUAUUCCAAAGAGUUGUCCAUUUCCAGCAAACAUGCAAUACUGAGACUUUAAGGCCUGAAGCCAAAAGAUACUUGGAGAAAUCAAUAAAAAUGGGGGAAAGGAAUGGGCUUCAUCUUCCUCCUGAAGUACAAAAUGAAAUCAAGAUAAUAAAGCAGAAACUGAGUGAGUUAUGCAUAGACUUUAGCAAAAAUCUCAAUGAAGAAAACACAUUCCUGAUAUUUUCUCAAGAUGAACUUCGUGCCCUUCCUGAUGAUUUUAUCAGUAGUUUAGAGAAGAUUGAAACAAACAGAUAUAAAGUCACCUUAAAAUACCCCCACUAUUUUCCUGUUAUGAAGAAGUGCAGUGUUCCAGACACCAGAAGAAAAAUGGAAGCUUCUUUUAACACCAGGUGCAAAGAGGAAAAUGCUAACAUUCUCCAGCAGUUGCUUCCUUUGAGGGCAAAACUAGCAGAACUUCUGGGAUACAGCACGCAUGCAGAUUUUGUACUUGAGCUGAACACUGCAAAGAUCACAGACAACGUCACAGCAUUCUUAGAUGAUCUAAGUAAUAAGCUGAAGCUUUUGGGCGAGACUGAGAGAGCAUUUAUUCUAAACCUGAAGAAAAAGGAGUGUGAAGAAAUAGGGUUUGAAUAUGAUGGAAGGAUUAAUGCAUGGGAUCUGCAUUAUUACAUGAAUCUGACAGAGGAGCUUAAAUACUCUGUGGAUCAAGAAAGGCUGAAGGAGUAUUUUCCCAUUGAAGCCGUCACAGAAGGGUUACUGAAUAUUUACCAGCAGCUGCUUGGACUGGUAUUUGAACAAGUGGACAAUGCUCACGUCUGGCAUGAGAGUGUCACUCUUUACACUGUAAAGGACAGCUCAACAGGAGAAGUUUUAGGGCAGUUCUACUUGGACUUGUACCCAAGAGAAGGGAAGUAUGGGCACGCCGCAUGCUUUGGACUCCAGCCUGGCUGCCUUCUCUCUGAUGACAACAGAAUGAUGUCAGUAGCAGCCCUGAUAACCAACUUCACAAAGCCAACACUGGAUCGCCCAUCACUGCUGCGACAUGGUGAGGUGAAAACUUACUUCCAUGAGUUUGGACAUGUAAUGCACCAGAUAUGUGCACAGACUGAUUUUGCCAGGUUUAGUGGAACUAAUGUGGAAACGGACUUUGUAGAGGUACCUUCACAAAUGUUUGAGAAUUGGGUUUGGGAAAAAGAACCUCUACAACAAAUGUCAAAACAUUAUAAAGAUGGCAGCCAGGUCCCAGAUGAUCUUCUUGAAAAACUUGUCGCUUCUAGACUAGCCAACACAGGUCUUCUGACUCUUCGUCAGAUUGUGUUGAGCAAGGUUGAUCAGUCUGUUCAUACUAAAUCUUUUACUGAUCCUGCUGAGGAAUAUGUCAAGUACUGUGAUGAAAUUUUGGGGAUACCUGCAACUCCAGGUACAAAUAUGCCAGCCACCUUUGGACAUUUGGCAGGUGGAUAUGAUGCCCAGUACUAUGGGUACCUAUGGAGUGAAGUUUUCUCUAUGGAUAUUUUUUACAAUUGCUUUAAACGAGAAGGGAUAAUGAAUCCAAAGGCUGGAAUGAAAUACAGAAAUCUUAUCCUGAAGCCUGGAGGCUCAUUAGAUGGGAUGGAUAUGCUCCAAAACUUUUUAGGUCGUAAGCCAAACCAAAAAGCUUUUUUACUGAGUAAAGGAUUAUAUACUUAAUAAAACUAUGGUCUCAUUGUAAUCAGAUGUCAUCUGGGGAAUCAGUCUUGAAAUACCUCUUGAUUUUCAUGGCCUGAAAGGUGAAACACAAGAGUUUCUCACCAGGAAAGAUCCAAUUGUUUUUCUGAUGUUUUUAUUACUACUUUUCAAAAUUCAUAAUUCUCACUGUCACCUCAAAAUUCUUACUGAUUUUUGUACUGUACUGUACUUAAAGUUUUGCUUUUUGUGGAUUGUGAUGAAGUCAGAAAAUAAAAACGUAAUUUUUUUAAAAAGCAGAUACAAGUGUUGAAUAAAUAUAACAUAAAUAAUGUUGUGGAAUUUUAGUUUUGAACAGCAAAGCGAUCACUAGUUUUUCGGUCUACCAAGGAAUUUGUACUUGAUUAACCUAAAUCCUCAUUUUCAGCUGGGUCUAAUGUGCAGAUGCUAUUUUGAGGCACAUCAGAUCCUAAAUACUUAGCUUGAAAAUGCAAAACAAUAAACACUGAGGUCAAAAUUCUGUAGAAGGCUCCCAAAAAUGUUCUCUCUUGAGCAGUGGUCGCUGGUGGUUCCAUGUCAGUGGGGCAGUGGAAUCCAGGUUUUAGUCCAAACGUUCAAGUUGAGCUCCUUGAAAGUUUGUACUAAAACCAAGAGUGGAUUCCACUGCCCCAUUGACUCUUGGGUCUCUAGAGAGUAUAGAACCUGUAGGUGUAAAAUAAGAAAAAAUGGGGGGGGGAGAGUCCAUAAGCUAUAGUUUCAUCACCGAAGCCUCAGAUUUGUCACAUGUACUUCCUCUCCCACUGCUGUUGCAAUUUUAGGAAAUCCCCUGCCUCUUGAAUGUGUGUUUUCAGUGGUACUUUCCGUUUAGCUUCAACAGCCCUGGUGCAUUUUCCUCAUGACAAGGGAAGCCAGCCUGCCCACUGUUGUUUUGCCACUUUGGCCAGACUUACUAAAGCUAACUUCAGCCAGACACCUUCUGUUUCUCCAAUCUUUUGUUCAGGGGGAGAAAAAGAAAAACCUCUCCAUUUAAAAACAAAGACCUUAUGAUCACAGCCUUCUAGAUCUGUACCUGUUCAGAAUGUAAGUGGGGAGGUUCUUGUAUAUAAAAAAAGUGUUUGUUUGUAUUAGUGUGCUGCAAAAGCUGUCCAUUGCUGUAUGGGGGGUUGUUUUAUUAUUUUGUUUUCAUGGUAUAGUAUAUUUACUUUUGUUUUUAACAAUGUUGUAAGUUGCUUGGAGACCUUCAUGUAACAAUCAGCUAAUAAAUUGAUG